AAUGUCUCUGACACACCUCCCGGAAAAUGGACAACUCCAGAGAACGAUUGAGAAUCCAUACCUGAAAGUGUGAAAUGACCAAACAACCCUUCCUCCGAUAUCUCUUAAAAUCCCCGGAACUCUAACCCUAAUCCUCGAAAUGAGAUCCUUCUCUCCAAAAUCCCUUCUUUCCCUCUCCACUUCUACUCCAUUGCAAUGUAGUCGUCCAUACGCAAUCCUAAUUUCUCAGUUCUCUACAUCUUCCACUCAUCAUCACUCCCUCUCUUACCCCUCGCGUCGCCACGAGGAGGAGUCUCGGAAUGUUAGGGUUUCGGUGUGGUGGGACUUCGAGAAUUGCCAUGUGCCUGUUGGUGCGAACGUGUUCAAAGUCGCCCAGGCAAUCACUGCAGCGGUUAGAGCCAAUGGUAUCAAUGGUCCUGUCCAGAUAACUGCUUUCGGGGAUAUGAUGCAGCUCUCUAGAGCUAACCAGGAGGCGCUUUCCUCUACUGGGAUUAGUUUGACUCACGUUCCUACUGGUGGAAAGAACAGUGCUGAUAGGUCUCUUCUUGUCGAUCUUAUGUAUUGGGUUUCUCAAAAUCCUCCACCAGCACAUCUUUUUCUAAUUUCUGGUGACAGGGACUUCUCUAGCAUUUUGCACCGAUUAAGAAUGAACAAUUACAAUAUAUUGCUUGCAAGUACAGAUAAAGCUCCCGGUGUUCUCUGUUGUGCUGCAAGUAUCGUGUGGCGUUGGAAUGCUUUGGUUAAAGGGGAAAAUCUAACUGGAAAACAUUUUAACCAACCCCCUGAUGGUUCUUGGUAUGGCGAAUAUAACGUGCCUCUAGAAGACCCUUUCUCAAUUCUUGAGCCACCAGCAUGUUCACAGACUGAUGAUUUUUCUGAGCCUGGUUCAGACCAUAAACUUCAUCCAAUACCAAAGACCAUCGUAACGCAGAUACACCAUCUAUUGAGUUUGUACCCUAAAGGAAUCUCCAUAACUGAACUCCGUUCAGAAUUGGGGAAAACGAAUGUGAGUUUAGAUAAAGAUUUGUACGGGUAUAAAAGGUUCUCUCAUUUUCUUCAGUCAAUGUCACACAUUUUAAGACUUCAGUAUGAAGGUGAUGGUCAGUUUCUUGUGCGCGGCAUCCCUUCAAGUGCUCCUGAACCAUCUAACAAUAGAAGACAGGAUGCUACGACAUCUUUAAAGUGCAAUGCCGAGAGAAGAGCUACUGGAUCCAUGAAUGAAAAUUCAUCAAUGCCUCCAGUCACUGUACCUGAUGUGAAAACACAUCCAGGAAAAGUGCCACACUCCGCUCCUACUGUGGAGAAUACUGUUGAAGUGGUAGCAAAGCAGACUGGAAAAAAAGUGCUAGAGCCCCCCCCACCUGCUGAGAAAACUAUCAAAGAAGUUGUGAAGCAGACUACAAAAAAAGUGCAAAAGCCCUUGCCGGUUGAUGAGAAAGUUCCAGAAGUGAUUAAUACACAGGAAACCGAGGGUGAUUAUUCUCCUAAGGUUGAACAGAAUUCUGCAUCUGAAGUUGGUUUCCUAAAAAGAAUCUGGAAAAGAUGGUUUGGCAGCAAUGCUGGUGGUCCUAGGAUGAAGACUGGCAACAUUUCAGACGAAAUUAACAUUUCUGAAGUUAGCUCCGAGAAUAUACACAAAACUGCGAGAAAUUCUUGUACUGAUGUUGAGACUUCUGAGAAGAUAGAAAAUGGUGGAAGAUGUGCAGAAUUACACAGUCGGAAAGUUGAUGUAAGCCCAGCAAUGCAUUCUUUGUUUGGUAUUGAAUCCACGCUGGACAGCAAGACGACUAAAAGUUCUGAAAUACAUGGUGAAAAGUCUAGCACAAGUUCGCGUUUCUUUAGCCGGAUUGUCAAUUGGUGCAAAUUUAGGAGUAGCUCAGACCUUGAUACCUCAGGUGAUCAACAUAGUGUAACGCUGAAUCAAUCAAACAGUUCCGCCGGAAAGCAUGAAAUUUUUUCUUUGAAUUCUUUUUGGGUUGAUAUUGAGUCCUUUAUUGGCACGACGAGAGGUUCAGUGCUCAUUGUUGGAUCGAGGGGCAGGGAACAGAUGGCACAAAAUUUGCAGAAGAAAGGACCAUCGGUUCUUAAAUAUCUCAGCGAAAAUGAUCUGCUUCAGUUGGUGGAUAUGUUAAUAUCUGAGAGGAAAUGGGUGGAAGAAUGCACUUCUCAGGAUUUUCCAUUCAGGCUCGCACAAUGUUUUCAAAAGAAUUCUUCUCCUGGUGAUUCUCCUGCUUCAAAUGAGUCUUCUUCUGGUGAUUAUCAGGCUACGAAUGAGUUAAGUUCUCUUUUUCUGGGAAAUUCGUCAUGACCUGUCCAGCCAAAAGUAUCAGUG